UUCCCCUCCCUCCCUCGCUCUCUCUCUGCCUCCCUCCCUUCCCCUGUGCCCUGCCCACCCCGGCGGUCUCCUCUCGAGCCCUGCCAGAGCCAAUCCGCGGCUGGGCGUAAGUAGGGCAAGCCGCUUCCUGGUUCUCAGAAAGAAGGAGCAGGGAGUCUGUGGAGUGGGCCAGAGGAGGCAGCAGGCAGGGGGGGUCAUAGCAGCGCAGAGAACCGGUGUGCAGGGAAAGUGGAGAGAUAAACGCCGACUCACGAAUUAGACUAGAUUAAAACCUCACCCGGAGUGGAGCUGAGGACGACGGGAGCAGAGACCCCCGCGAAGAAGAAAAGACACACGAAAUUAAGAAAAGAAGAAGAAGUUAAAGAGGUAGGCAAGUCGUUGUGGGACGGAAUUAUCCAGGAAGUGUGGAGGCUGGUGUGAACAGGUGACACAGCGACGCUCAGGUAAACAACAUCUGUGGACCUCUGAACAAAAAGAGGAGGGGACGUGUGAGAGGCAGAGGAAAGCAGGCAAACAUAAUUUCCUGAGUUUAUGGACUGGAGGUGGCAAUGUCUCCAGGAGAGGACGGUCUGAUUGGGAUCCCCUUCCCGGAGCACAGUAAUGAGCUCUUGUCCCACCUGAAUGACCAAAGGAGGGCGGGGCUCCUAUGUGACCUCACUCUGACGUCUCGUGGAGCACGCUACCCGACUCACCGCUCCGUCAUGGCCGCCGUUAGUCUCUACUUCCGCCAGUUGUUUGGAGCAGAGGAGGGUGGAGGCGAGGUCGAAGGAGGUUUCAGCGUGUGCCAGCUGGACUUUGUAGCACCCGAUGCCCUGGAUGCCCUGUUGGAGUUUGCCUACACUGCCACUCUGACCAUCCCAAGCUCUGGGAUGAGAGAUGUGCUGCGAGGGGCUCAAGUUCUGGGCAUCCAGUGUGUGGCUGACGCAUGCAGAGACAUCCUAGGAGAGACUGCUGAGGCAGAAGGAGAGACAGCUGAGGAGCAGAGAAGCCACAGCCCAGCCCCAGAGAGGAUUGUGCAAGAACAGAGCAGGGUAGAUAAAGGGUCCCGAAGAAAAACAGAUCGAAAGAAGAUGAGGAACAUGGCGCCAACCUACAUCAACUCACCUGUUUGGAACCCAUCACCUGCCUCUCCUGUCUCACACCCAUCCCCUGCAUCAGACAGCCUUCGCUCCCUGUCAUCUACCCAACCUCCCAGUCCAGAACAGGAGGACCUUCAAACAAAAUAUGACCAGAAUGGAGAUCUCAGGAUGAUCAGAGAGCCCGGAAGAGGGGCCACAAGUAAUGGAGGGCUUGUCCAUUGGCUGCAUGAGCGCCCUCUCAUAGCCCAUCCAGCUCCUAUUCCAAUUUUGAAUGACAAGCUGUCAGAGGAUGACGACAUGGAGGGUUGUGGUGCUAACGCAGUGCUGAUUGGAAGCACUUUAUCUACCUCUGCAGCUGAUCGAGGAGCAGCCGCAUCAGCAGCUGGGGGAGGAAGGAAGAGAAAGUCUCAAACGCCCCAGCAGUGCCCUGUUUGUCAGAAGAUCAUCCAUGGGGCAGGAAAACUGCCACGACACAUGAGGACCCACACUGGAGAGAAGCCCUUCCAGUGCUCAGCCUGCGGAGUCCGUUUUACCCGGAACGAUAAGUUGAAGAUCCACAUGAGGAAACACACAGGCGAGCGCCCAUAUCCCUGCCCGCAUUGCCCUGCCCGAUUCCUCCACUCAUAUGACCUCAAGAACCACUUAUCCCUCCACAGCGGGGCGAGGCCCUUUGAGUGCCCACUUUGCCACAAGGCAUUUGCCCGAGAGGACCAUCUUCAGCGUCAUCGCAAGGGACACAGCUGCCUGGAGCUGCGCACACGCCGGCCGAGACGUGUGUCUGAGCUUGGUGAGGAUGGGCGCAUGGAUGGAGCUGGGAGGGAGCAGUUCAGUCAACUUGAUGCUCUCUCCUUGCAGGCCCACUCCUCUGCAUUUCUCCCUCACGCAUUGCUGGAAGGUGGGGGCAGGUCUGGUGCUGGCCCUUCAUUGAUGUUUUCAGGUGAUGUUGAGAGAGGGCGGUCUCUCACCCUUCAGGCUUUGGCUCAACUUGGACCCCGCAGGUUGGCUGGCUACCCGCAGCUCUUUCUGCGUAGUCUGGAGCUACGAGGAGGCAGAGAGGCAGAGGGAGAAGACCCAGGAGGAACCCACUCACCGGCCCUGGCUCAUCAGGACCAAUGGGCAGAUGAAGCAGAAGAUAAUGGAGAAGAAGCGGAGGAGGAAGAAUAAUGAAAAGAAUGUGUGUGCGUAGAUGUGUAUGUGUCUGUGUGGUAAAGUAUCCACAGUUAAAAAAAAAAAAUCUCACUCAGGUGGCUGGACUAUUCCUGCUGCUCCCAUAAAGAGAGCGCUUAAAAACGAUACAAGUAACUGAAAUUAAAACAAAAAACAAAGGAAAACGGGUUUUCUGAGAUAUCUUAAUCGUUUGACUCUUGGCUUUCAGCUGUUUGUGUUGAAAAUUGUAUUUCUCUUUUUCUGUUUAUUUUGAUGUACUUCUUGUUUGAGCUCUGUGAUUUAAUUUCAAGCUCGAUAUGUGUGUGAUGAGUGUGUGGUUCCUGGGAUGCUUUUCACUAUGCAAAUCAAAAAUCCAGAGCUGCAUUAUAAAGGGAUAACUGAUAACAUUUAUUUUAGUUACAAUAUAUAUAUAUUUUUAAUUGAUUCAGGUGCAAUGCUGAAGUAAAAUCAUUUAGCUCAGAGGAAUGAGGUAGUUUAUCCACUGCCCUCUAGUGGUUAUCAGUGGAAAUACAGUCUAAUUAAUCAAACUUGUACAUUGUAGGCAAUAAUGUUUUUUUUCUGUAAAUGGUGGAACCUUUCUUUAAUUUGGUGUAUAAACCAAAGAUUAUAGUUGAACUGCUUUCUUGUAAUCUUAAGUUAACAGGAGGAAAGAGGAGAAUUGUAGCCAAUGUUGGGUUAAGUUUCUUCCCAACCUUCAUGAAAGCCAUGAGAGACACUCUUUGUUUCAGAGCCGUAGGACUCAGGAGGUGAAUGCCUGACCAAAAGAGACAAAGUCUGGAUCAUUAGGUUGAUACAGAUAAUGUUUAAGACCAUUCCUAUUUCCCUUUAAGGCUAUAGAUUUUAGUCUUCCAAUGCACUCGAUUGGGUUCAUUGUUUAAAAAAAUUAAAAGGUGCAAGGUGAGAUGAUGAAUGAAAUAGUUUGCCCUUUUUCUGUACUUAUUUAUUUAUUAUUAUUAUUUAUUGCAAUUCUUCUGCUGAAACUCCGUGACACCAAAUCCAGGGUUGGGACACAGUCCACUUCUUAACUUUUACAAGAAGCUGCAUAGCGCUUAAAGAUUUCUGGCUUAACAUCUCCAUACACCUUAAUGCCUUUUUAAGGGAACACAUGUCUCUUAUUUUUGGCAAAGUCUUCCUCAAAUGCAUUCUUUGCACAUUUAGCCCCAUCAGGUACUGCAAUAAUUCAGGCACAUUCCAUCCUCGGGGGGAACAGAUAUGGGAACAGUGCAAAGAAGUUGUCAGGGGUUGCUCUUAGACACUCUAAGCAUAAUUUCCUGUUAGUUAAAUGUGAACAGUACUGUAUAAGGUGUUAAUGCAUGGCAGGUCUUAUUGAUCGGCCACUGUUUGUCUAGAGGGGCCAUUAUCUUUUGAGUUGAUAUCUUCGACCAAAAUUCUUUUAGUUUAAUCUUGAAUUCUCUGGACCAUAACAUUUAGGUCUUUAGCAGGGUCUAAUGCAAUCAUUGAUGGCUUCAAGUGACAGCAGCUGUCUUUUUACUUCCAAUCCUUGAAACCCAUGUAGUCAGAAACUUGUGUAGCAGUUGUGCUAAUCUGGCUUUGUGUGCACUAUCCACUCCUUGUUGUGUAUUUUUAUUUCCAGUUUAUUUGCACUAUGAGAUUUGAGAGCUUGGAGCCUUUUUGUUGACCUUCAAUAUCUGAUCCAUUAACUCACUUGAUUAAGAUUGUGAUUGAAAUAGAAAUACUUCUUUAAACCCACAUUGAAUAAUAUUCCUCCUGCAUAAUAAUACAGAGUUAAAGUCAAUAUUAUGUGUAUUGGGAUGAAGUUGCCUUAGUUUUUUUUGUGUGUGUGCUUCAAUUAUUCUCAGGAAACCUUGAGCAAUGCACUAAAUGAUUUUAUAGAAUAUAAAAUGGGAAGAAAUUGACUGGCAAUGUUGGAUUUUUAACACCUUUCAUUGUAGCGUAAGGCCAGUAGAUUCACAAUGACUAAAUUAAAGUUUUUGUAUGGAUUGAAUUUAUAAAACAAAUUAAUCAACAAAGAAAAACAGGGAACUUAAAGUAAUGGAGCUACUGGCCUUACAGGAACCAGUCGUACUGGAAAGACAGUACGACUGUUGUCUUGUUCCUUGAAGGGUGUUGGUUUUCCCAGUCAGAGCUUUGUGAAGGAAUGAGGGUUAUCUGAUGCCAGCUGUGAAGUGUAUGCGUCGAUGUAAGCUCUUGUUUUCUCGGCUUUGGUGAAGGGACAUGGGGUCCAGUCCAGGACCCUGCUAUCAGGGAUACAUUUUUUUUUUCUUUCAGUUUUUCGUGGAACCUUCUCAGAGAUAUGAAUUAAUUUUCCCAUUAUUUGUUUCAGUUUAUGUAAAGAAAAUAAAAAUCUCUAUGCUUGCUA